AUGUCUAUUGUGAAAUCAUCCAAAAACAAGAACCAUCUUCUGUUAGAUGGAUUUCGUUAUCGUAGCGCCAAUAAAUCUGAAUCGAUUUGGCGCUGCUACAAAAAUAGCAGUGCUGGGCGUGUACGUUUUGAUAGUUUGCAAUAUCUAAAGGUAACAGAUCAUGUUCAUGCGCCAUGUCCAGAAGAAUCAAUUGCUAUAGAGUUUAAGUCAAAGAUUGUGGAUAGUGCAGUAGCAUCGUACUAUCCACCUAGACGUAUAAUUAAUGAAGCUUUAACAAUAGUUAGUAAAGAAAAUGGAGUAGCUGUUCCAAGUUAUACAUCAUCACAACGUACUAUUGAAAGAAAAAGAAGAAAAAAAGAUUUACCUUUACCAAGACCAAAAUCAUUUGGUGAAAUAAUGAUUUCCGAUGAACUCAAAAAACCAAUGAUCGCACCACAAUUAUUUGAACAGCUGUACGUGAUACAUGGUUAUAUAUAUGGUCGGACACUUCCAUUGGUCUAUUGUAUGAUUGCAGGAACAGCUGAAGUUUUAUAUAAUGAAGUUUUUGACGUGAUCUUAAAGCAUGUAUCUGGUCGACCAAAAACAAUUACUAUUGAUUUUGAGAAGGCUAUUGAAAACGUGAGUCUUGGUUUACAACAAUCUUUUGUCGAUGGCCCAUUACGACGAUGUUUAAAAAAUUUUGGUUCUUUGGCAUUCGUGCCUGUACCAUUCGUUAUUGUUGAAUUCGAAAAAAUUCAAGAAUCUGCUCCUGAUUUAAUAAAUAAUACGAAUUUUGUUUUACUUGAGAUAAUUUUAUCACAUGCCCCCAUGUAUGUUUUAGAUUUUGUUGAUUGCUUCGAAGAUACAUUUGUUGGUCGUGUCAUUCGUAAUAACCGUCGCCGUGCUCCACGUUUUUCACGUUUAGAUGAAGAACUUCCACGAACAAAUAAUUCAUCAGAGGGAUGGAAUCGAGCCAUCAAACUCGUGAAAAUCCUUCAAUAUAUGAACCAAUAG